AAAUGCUAGGUUAGUAUCACAAAGUGUGGUUGUUACAAUGAAGAGAGGAUUUUGUUACAUGUUUUUAAUUUAAAGGAACACUCGUUAAUGAUCACAUCUGGUGAUAGUAUAAACGGGAAAGCAACUUAUACAGUAGUUGCAACAAGCAUAAGAGAAGAUUUUUCAGCAAAAAUUAGAUAUCAUUCUGUGGUAGUAAUUUUUGAUGAAUGUCGGAACAUUCACAGCUCAUAUAUCGACUACCUGCGUAUUCUGAUAAACAACGCGUUAAUUUAACGUCAAGUUGCAGCCAAUUUUAGCGAUUCAUUCUAUGCUGUGGUCAUGCUGACAGUUGAGUUUAUGAGCGUCUUGUAUGUAUGUACAACUAUUCUGAAAUAAAGUCACAAGAAAAAUGACUGUGUUAGCAAUUUUUGGCGCUUCAGGCAACGUGGGGCUAGAGGUCACGAAGAAGGCAUUAGCCCAAGGUUUUAAAGUGCGGGCUUUGCUGCGUGACCCAUCCAAAAUGCCCGAGGAGUUACGGACACAAGUCGCCAUUGAACAAGGCGAUGCUACGAAAGCAGAUGAUGUUAAGCGCACUGUGGAGGGCUCCGAUGCAGUCGUCGUAGCACUUGGAACCAGAAAUGAUUUAUCACCGACUACAGCAAUGUCAGAUGGGAUGAAGAACAUUAUCUCAGCAAUGAAGUGUCUGCAAGUGGACAUGGUGUCAGUGUGUCUUUCAGCAUUUCUAUUCUUCGAAGACGACAAAGUCCCGGCUGUGUUUCGUAACGUCAAUGCUGACCACAAGAGAAUGUUUGAUGCCUUAAAGGCCAGCGGGCUAAAGUGGAUUGCUGUCUUGCCACCACACAUUUCCGAUAAUCCAAGUAGCAAAUACACAGUGAAAGAAGAUGCAAGUCCAGGGCGUCAAAUUUCGAAAGAAGACCUUGGCGCGUUUCUUGUAGAAAGCUUGUCGAAACCAGAGUAUUACAAUAAGGUUUUAGGGAUAGCUACCAAUACGUGAGACAUCAAUUAGAGUAAAAUGUGUAUUAUUGUCCAGCUAUGUUUUGUUGAACACAGUAAACAUGAAUGUUAUUUUAUAUAAUAUAUAUAUAAAUGGAGAUUAAAUUUCCUAUGCAUAUUAA